UUGUUUCCGUUUAUUCUAUUUCCGUUUUUUAAAACUUUUCUACAUGCAGAGUUAAAGUGGGAUUUAACAACGAUUUGUUACGGUUAUGAAGCGCGAUGUGUUCCAGUGGUAUUUUAACGGCUGUUUCUCACGUUGGGAGCAAUGGUUGUGUAACGGCAGCCUCGCCCCGUGCUGCAUUCGCGUGCAAAAUAGUAGCUAACUCGGCUCACUGUAUUCAAGCUUCAGCGUGUCGACACGUGUAGCCUGGUGUAUACAUUUAACUUUUAUGUGAUUUUUCAACAUUUGUUCAUUAUGUGUAGUUAUACGUGGUAACACCUAAUGUAACUAAUGGCCUACCAGUUGGCCUUUAGAAACCAAUGCCUCGCCCUCGAGUUAGCUAACGUUAGCAGUCAGUGAACUGUUGUAGGCGGACAAUGAGGAGUCGAGGCUGAGAGGCCUCUAUAGUAGAACCCCCCCCCCCCAAAAAACUUUAGCCAGCACCACGUAAAUACACACUUCAGCCGGAAUAUUCUCACGUAUCGAAACCUCAAUUAUUUUUAACUUUUUGUAUGCACUUUUAGUUGUUUGUGCUCACAAACCUUCCAAUUACAGAAUGUAUGUUUUUUCUCUGCGUAGAACAUAAUGUCUAAAGGUGAACCUGAAGAAAUGAUAGAGAUCGAGAUAGAUGAGCAGGAGAAGCAGGCAUGCCUGGAGGAAGGUGUUGAGGAGCAGACCAUUACUGCGUCAGAUCUAAUUCAACAAGAUAUUGACAUCAAUGAGCCCAUUGGCAAUUUGAAGAAGCUUUUGGAGCCCCGCAUCCAGAUAUCACUGGAUCCGUAUGAGAUCUGCUUGCAGGACAUUCAGCUUCACCCUGACCACAGCCUCUUUGACCAGGGUGUAAAAACCGAUGGCACCGUGCAGCUCAGCCUGCAGAUAAUAACCAAACCAGGAGAGGAGAAGUUGAACAUUUUGGAAAUUGUGAAGCCGGUAGAAACAGUAGAAGUGGUUAUUGACCCAGAUGCGGGAGAGGAUGGAACGAUGGUAGAGGAGGGUCAACUCAUUGCUGUGGAGCGAUCUGGCCUCUCUGAUGAGACCUCGGAGCAGGUUACACGCUGGGCUGCAGCACUGGAAGGAUACCGAAAAGAGCAGGUUCGCCUGGGCAUACCAUAUGAUCCUGUGCUCUGGUCUGCUGACCAGGUGAUCCACUGGGCAGUGUGGGUAAUGAAGGAGUUCAACAUCGAUGAGAUGGAAAUUGGAAGCAUUCACAUUCCAGGUCGAGAUCUCUGCUUCUUCAGCCAGGAAGAGUUCCUUCAGAAAGUUCCCAACGGAGAGAUACUCUGGAGUCACCUGGAGCUGCUGCGCAAAUAUGUGUUGGCAAGUCAGGACCAGUCGGGUGGGGACGCUACUGUCACCAUUGAUCAGCCCGUACAGAUAAUCCCAACACAAUUAAGCACACCCACUACCAUAAAGGUGAUGAAGCAGAGCCGUGGCCCCAGAACACCGCGUAUUUCAGGAGGAGAGGAGCGAAGCUCACCGGGCAACCGCACAGGCAACAACGGUCAGAUCCAGUUGUGGCAGUUCCUGUUAGAGCUGCUGACAGACAAGGAUGCAAGAGACUGCAUCUCCUGGGUGGGCGAAGAGGGCGAGUUCAAACUCAACCAGCCGGAGCUGGUGGCUCAGAAAUGGGGCCAGCGCAAGAACAAGCCUACUAUGAACUACGAGAAACUCAGCAGAGCCCUCAGGUAUUACUACGACGGGGACAUGAUCAGCAAGGUGCAGGGCAAGCGCUUCGUCUACAAGUUUGUGUGCGACCUGAGAACUCUGAUUGGCUACAGUGCUGCUGACCUCAACAACCUGGUGACCGAGUGUGAACAGAAAAAAUUGGCCCGCAUGCAGAUGCACGGCAUCGGUCAGCCCAUCACCACGGUGACGCUGGCCACCACCGCACUAGACAAAGACAGUUGAAGCAGGACACGUGAAAACGCUCUCCUGCCGCCAAAGUUUGCUCUCCAGCGCUGAUUGGAAAUCAAAUCAACUUUAUUCUUUUUUUGAUACAACUGUGUUUAUCAGGCACAAAAAUGCAAGGCUGAUCAUUGUGGAUUAACAACUUUGUCAUUAUCUUUACAGUUUGAAGUGAGUCUGAGGCGGUAAAAAUGAAAUGACAUUUUUUUAUCCUUUCUUUACCUUUAACCAAGAGAUGUGUUCAGGAUGAGGAGGCAGGUGUCUGUGUGAUGGAGUUUUGCUGCGUGCAUGUGACCGAAUGCUUGAGUGAGUGAAUGAGAUAUGGACUUUGUGUAUGAGUCCCUUGUCUGUAGUUUAGAAUCAUUUCCACUGUAUAUACCGGUACUUCAUGUUUUUGAUAGCCACCAGGACAAGUGUAUUUUCAUAUUUUCCAUUUAUAGAGGACCUGCUUUGUAUUUUAUUUAGUGUUUGUUCCCUAAAUUGUUGGACCCUUUUUUGUCCACUAGAGGGAAUAAAGUGGCGAGCAUUUUUCUUAA